CUUCCCAGUCUGUUCAAUCAUUUCCAGUCAGCCAUUUUCAUCAUUUACCUACUGUAUCUCUUGCUUUUCCAGUUAAUAAACGGCAAACAAAAUGGUCGUGGUCCACAUUAAAAACAAUGACCAAUCUCAGUUCCUCUACGAAACCACCUUAAAAACCAAAGUGGAAGAUUUCAUCCAAGCGGUAACAGCAAUAUACAAUGGUCGUCUAAAAAUUGACCGAGUCUGCUGCGAAAUUGAAGAGCUCGCAAAAUAUGGCACUCUCUACCCGCCGGAAAUACUUGGUUUAACCGAGGAGCAAGUCGAGGAGCUUAAGCUGGUCGAUUACUAUGGCGAUAAAUGCAUUCCAUCUGGUGGAUUCACCCUAGUGAAAGACCCAGUGGGCCGUCGUAAUGGCAAGCAACCCAAGAAAGAAAUGCAGGACGUUCUUACAAAGACCGUUAAAGAAGCUAGAGAGAUGAUAUCAAAGAAUCUGAUUAAGGAAAACAAGCCUAUGACUUUGAAGAUUGUUCAGCAGGCUUUAGAUCUGCUUAAAGGCGCCGUUACCAUUGUAUACCCAAUGAAACUUCCGCCGCACGAUGUCAUCCGGAUGGAAUUUGAAAACAUCGAAGAUCUGAGCGGAACUCAAGCAUCGUUGCAGGUAAUAGAUCCGGUGACAGCUCAGGUGUGGUUCUGCGGCAAGGAGAUGUACCGAGAUAGAAAGAUACUGGGCGAUUAUCUCGGCAAGAUUGAAAAUUGCAAGGUGAUUGUGAAGCUGAGCAAGCGUGGACAAGGUGCGCCUGGUCGCGAACCUGUAAUAAACGAAGAGGAACGCAAGCAGAUGAUGCUGCACGCGUACCGGAAGCAAGAGGAACUGAAGAAGUUGGAUAUGGAUAAUGAUGACAACUAUUUGAAUGCUGCGUGGGCAGACAGCGGUAAUUUAAAGCGGGCGUUUCAGGGAAUUAAUAAUAUUUCGUGGAGACCCGGCAAAUAAUCUGCAAUUAUGUAAAUUAUAAUUAAUUUUCGAAUGUCUUUAUUUUGGCAUUAUAAUUUAAAUUUGAAUUGGUAUAUUUUACUUAAUUUACUUGAAAGACUAUUCUAACAUCUUGAAAGAAGUACAAAUUCUGUCAUAACACAGAGUCAAACUAAUUUCUAAAAUUAUUUUCUGCUAAAAGACAGUCGAACUACUUAAAAAAAAUUGUAAAAAAACAGGGUCAAACUGUGUUCUAAAAUUAUUUUCUGCUGAAACACAGAGUCGAACUAAUUUCUAAAAUUAUUUUCAAUCGAAACACAGAGUCGAUCUGAUUUCUAAAAUUAUUUUCUAUCGAAAGACAGGGUCGAACAGGCGUUGUGUUAGGGUAAAUAGUUUUCAAGUAAUUUAACUACUAUUUUAUUAAUUACUAGUGUUACUAACAGUGUUAAUCCUACACUAGGUGCAGGACUCCAAAAAAUCACCCAUACUAAUAAAAGUAUGAUUACUUGAAUAAACAAUCAGUCUGAUAACAAAAUA